GUUUACCAUUGUACGACUCACAGCCCCGGGAACCUUUGUUAGGAGGGUUCUCAUGUACACUGCCAUUACCUUCGGCAUUGUAUGGGCUCUACUUUUUUCACAAUUGUGGUGGAUUUGUGAAACUGAGUCCAGCUGGAAAACACAACCACGUCCGCAGUGCAAUCUCGGCAAGGAUGUUGCCAUAACGCAGAUGAUUACCGACGUUCUAGGGGACUUUGUUCUGAUCUUGGCUCCCUUUUGCCUCGUUUACAAAGUCAGAUUGUCAAGGACACAAAAAGUCCGGGUAUUAUCUGUCUUCUCUGCAUCAGCGAUCACGACGAUUGUUAGUCUCACCCAUGCAUAUUACAUCUUUUCUGCUGGCGGGUUGAAGGUGAUUAUGGCUGCUAUAGUUGAGGCUUCUAUGUCUCUAAUUGUCGCAAACUUGAGCGUCGUCGUCGCGUUCAUAUUCAAUUUAAAGGCAGAAGAAGAAUCACCAUCCACUCCGACACCCAUCGUGACUUUCGGAUCACAACCCAGGAAACGCGUUCGCGACCCUCUCGCCACGACUUUAAUAGGUGUUGAAAGUACCACGAUUGUACUGGAGGAUCUAUCUAAGUUUGGUUCCCGUUCCCUGAAGACAAGCGAUACGGACGAAAUUACUUUCAACGACAUAGAGGGAAAGCAGACGCGGGAAUUGUGUUAGAGCACGGGAGAUGUAGCUAUCGUUGAUACGCUCUACACGUCGACCUACGUCGAUGGUUCAUGAUUACAUACCAGCCUGAC